AUGACUGGGCAACCACGGAAACGAGGACAUACAGAAAGCCUAUUGGGAAGCAGUGAGGAUGGUGCAAGGAAGAUGCCACGAAGUGAGAAUGAUGGAUCUCAACCUAUCAGGACUCAGGCUGGCUCUAUCAAAGGACCAAGGCAGAAAACCAAUAACACUCUCUGCACUGCAAUUAUAUUGGUCUGGCAAGAUGAUAUUAAUUGUGUUGAUGCAAACACGAAUUGCCAUCCGACAGUAGCCAUAAUGGUGAUUAAAACAUGCUCCUUGAUCAUGAAUGGUCUGGGGUUCAAGUGGACUCCGAACACUGAAACAUUAGGCAUGACAGCUGCGUUCAGCAGAGGUUUGUGGACUACGCAGGACGAAUCUGUCCUGGACCCGACGAGCAAACUCCUUGCUCGUCUCAGGUUGCCUCCCACCAUGACCUGGGGGUUUAACAAUCCUGAUGAAGUGAUUGAUUAUUUGGUCAUUGAUGUUGACGAAGCAAUUGAUUGUUUGGUCGUUGGCCCAGACAUUGGAGCAGCCUUGGCAGCUACCCUCGCGCUUCUCCGCUGGGGCGCAACAUAUGCCUCCACACCCACUGAUACUGGCAUGGACACCAGGUCAGAGGCAUCCAGUACCACCCAGGAUGCUUUCGUUCAUCCAGAUCAUCCCCUCCGCAAAGGGGGUGUCGAUGGCACUGAGCGCUUCUUGGGUAAAUGA